AUGCCCUCUCCACAAUCCUCCCAGUCCUCUGGCCUCUCCUCCCCACCCUCCUCACGCAUCCCAUCUCCAGGCGCUGCUCUCUCUGCAUCUCACCAUACCGCUCCUUCUCCCCCUCUGGCCGCGCCAUCACCAGGACGCGCGCCGACUCCUCCAGCGCCAAGCCCGCCUGCGCCCAAGCUACGGUUCAAGGUCGCCAAACCCAUGGACGACGAGACCAUAACCCAGACGCACCUUACCGAUGAGGAGGAGAAGCCACGCGGACGGGCAGUGAAGAAGGGGAAGGGAAAGGCUUCAGAGGAUGCUGAAGAGGCGGGAGAGAUGAUGGAGACGUCGAAGGGCAAGGGCAAGAAGAACGCGCUGGAGAAGGCGCCAGUGGAUGGGCCUAAGAAGAACACGAGGAGCGACAAACGUAAACGUGGUGUUGUCGAGCCGGCCGAAGACGAGGAGGCGAGCAAGCCUGACGCCAAGCCCGACGAUACCGCCUCCCCCGAGCAGGAGCCCUCGCAGGAGCCCUCGCAGGACGAGCCCAAGGUCGACGAGCCCAAGAUGGACAAGGCUCCGGAAGAGUCGCAGAAGAAGAAGCCCAAGGUCAUGCCCAAGAAGCGUCCGGCUCCAGCUGGGACUGGCACGCCAACCUCGUCCGCUACCGCUGGACUGCUGCGCAAGCCCAAACCCCAACCUAUGGCUACACCUGCGCCAUUCACGAGUUUGCUCGCUUCCACGCUUAGCAAGCUCAGUAGUCAGCCAGACAAGCCCGUUGCCAAGCCUGCUGAGCGGCCGCGCGUUGGGGGGUGGACGGACGAAUUUACUUUGACUGCCGAACAGGAGCAGCAGCACGCCGCAUCACUGGUCGCGCGCACCAAGGCCGCGACAGAUCGUGCCCGUGCAGCCGAGUACCCCCUCAAGAUGCAGGCCGCCAAGGACGCGUACCGCGCCGACCACGCCAUCAACGGCCAGCGUCGCGUCAUCAACGUCCAGGGCGCCAUGGGUAUCCAGACACUCGGCCUGGCGUCGCGCAUGGUCAAGGCUGUGCUCAAUGGAGACGUCAAGAACUGCGGCCCCAAGAAGUAG